AUUAAACAGUUUAUAUUGUCAGAUAUUGGUGAAGGAAUCAGAGAAGUCACAUUGUUAGAAUGGUUUGUACAGGAAGGAGAUAAAAUUUCCCAGUUUGACCCUGUUUGUGAAGUCAAGAGUGACAAAGCUUCAGUGACAAUAACAUGUCGCUUUGAUGGCAUCAUACGAAAAUUACAUUACAAUGCAGAUGACACAGCCCUUGUUGGUAAUCCAUUAUUAGAUAUAGAAGUUGAUGAUGAUGUUAUGGACCAUGUUGACCAGACUGCUGAUAUUGAUACUAAAGAUGGAUCAAUAAGUCAUGUAGCUGCUGGAGUUAAGGUUCUUGCUACACCAGCUGUUAGAAAACUAGCCAUAGAACAUAAUUUAGAUCUGAGUGAAAUACAAGGAACGGGAAAAGAUGGUAGAAUUAUGAAAGAGGAUGUUCUCAUACAUUUAGAAAGCCAGAAGGCUGCAUCAAGUCCUGACCCAGUUAAGAUUGUGAAGCCAGCUGCCAGCCCACCUGGUGUUGCCCCUACUGAGACUCCCAAAUCACGACCAGUUUUGGGUAAAGAUAGAACAGAACCAAUACGAGGUAUAACUAAAGCCAUGGUUAAAGUUAUGCAAGAGACAUUACUAAUUCCACAUUUUGGUUACUAUGACGAUGUGGAUCUGACCAAUCUUGUGGCAUUACGGAGAGAAUUUAAGCAUCAUGCUGAGAAACAAGGAAUAAAAUUCUCAUAUAUGCCUGUCUUUAUAAAGGCAGCUUCAAUGGCUUUGACUGAUUUUCCAAUAUUAAACUCCAGUUUAGAUGGAAAAUGUCAAAAUGUAACUUACAAGGCUGCACAUAAUAUAGGUGUUGCUAUGGAUACACCAGAAGGUUUAAAUGUUCCUAAUAUCAAAAAUGUCCAGUCUUUAAGUAUAUUUGAAAUAGCCGAGGAAUUAAAUAGAUUACAGAAACUAGGCAAGGCAGGGAAACUUGGGACCAAUGAUGUAGCAAAUGGUACAUUCAGUCUCUCCAAUAUAGGAACGAUUGGUGGUACAUACGCAAAACCUGUGAUACAACCUCCACAAGUAGCUAUAGGUGCUAUUGGUAAAAUACAGUUAUUACCAAGGUUUGAUUACCAUGGCAACGUUAUAAAAUCUUCCAUAAUGAAUAUUAGUUGGUCAGCUGAUCAUAGAAUAAUAGAUGGAGCCACGAUGGCAAGGUUCUCCAACAAAUGGAAAAGUUAUUUAGAAAAUCCAGCAACGAUGAUUUUGAAUUUAAAAUAA